AAAAAAUCCUUAUUUAAAUUAGUUGAUAUAUUUGCAUACAUUAACAGAUUAGUGCAUCAGAGAAACAAUGGCAACAAUAAAGUCUUAAAAUUUCAUUAAGUUUAAAAAUACAUUUAGGAUAAAACAGUAUUGCCAUGCUAAAGAAUUUAGAUACAUAUGUUGAUUUUGAUAAAGAAAAUGAAGAAGUGAAGUUACGCCUAGACCAUCAAUCUGAAAUUAUAGCAAUUUUAAAAAAAAAAGCUGAUGAAUACCUUACAAAGUAUUUAAAAUGUGAAAAAAAAUUAAAAACAUUUGAAAAUGAAAUAGACAUUUUGAAAAAUAACAGAAAAUUAGAAGUUGAAAAGUCUUCAUUGAUUUUACUAGAGAAUUUUAAGUUAUCAGAAGAAAAUCAUAAUUUAAAAUCACUUAUUAGGGGAUUUACAAAAAGAAAUCUGAUUCUAAGAAGAAGAAAAAAAAGAAUUAUGGAAAAAUAUUUGAUAUUAUUGAAAAAAACAAACAGUUUAACUAAGAAGGUAAAAAAAAAAGAUCUAUCAAUAAAGAAAUUUAAAAAAAUGCAGGCGAAAGAUUCUUAUGAAAAUGAAAACUUAUUACAUGGCUUAUCUUUACAACUUAAAGAAAACAUUAGCCUAAAAGAUUAUCUAGCUGGACAGUGUAAAGAGUAUGAAAUUCAAGUUGAAAUUUCAAAAAUGGAUUUAUCAAAGAAAAACAAAGAAAAUAUAUUUUUUCAGUUGACCAUAUCUCAAUUACAGAAACAACUUAGCGAUCAAUCUAAUUAUAUUGAUCAUCAAAAAAUUGAAAUUUUCUGUCUUAAAAACCAAAUAAAGGAAUUAGAGUCAGACAAAAAUUUUAAUGAACCUGAUGUCAUGAAAACUCAAAACCUGAUAAAUAAAAUGCACAAUAGAGUUGAAGAACUUGUAAAGGAGAAUGCUGCAAUGGUUUUGAAAUUUGAAGCAUAUAAAUUAUAUUCAGAAGAGAAAAUGAAAAAAGAAAAAAAUAUUAGCUGCAUGCUUGCAAGAUUAAACAUUGAUAGCGGAUAUAAGCUCUAAUGACACAAGCAGUUGGUGCCAAAAAAAACCAUAACUACAAUACGACAUAAUAAUUUGUGGAAGUUAUAUUAUGAAUUGUAAAAUUGUAAAAA